AUGCACUUUUCUCAUCCUCAUCUUAAUUCUUUUGUCGCUCCUACACCUUCACCAGCUUUUCCUCCCAACCCAAGCCACAUUACGACACCAAGACACAUGGGUCAUCACCAUCAUCGUCGUUGGCACUUAACACGCAACGUCACUGCAGUUUCACCUUCCUCGCAUGACUGUCAACAGACAUGCAUGGAGCCUCUUACUUCAACUCCCUUUGGCUCACCUUGUGGUUGUGUUUACCACAUGAAAGUCCAGCUUCUGCUAAGUGUCGCGCCUAUUUCUAUUUUCCCCGUCACCAGCGAGUUAGAAAUUGAGGUUGCUGCUGGAACAUACUUGGAACAAAGCCAAGUGAAAAUAAUGGGUGCUAGUGCCGACAGUGAGAAUCAAGGGAAAACAGUGGUGGAUAUUAACCUUGUUCCACUUGGGGAAAAAUUCGACAAUACUACGGCCACCCUUAUUUACCAAAGGUUCCGCCACAAGAAAGUGCCUCUAAAUGAGUCUGUGUUUGGUGAUUAUGAGGUUACCCACAUAAGUUACCCAGGUACUCCUUCAUCAUAUGGAGACAUUGUGGAGGGUGUUCCAAGUGCAAGUACUGGAGGGCUUCCAGUCACUGCAAUCUUUGCCAACAAACGCCAGGGAAUAGGUUUUAGAACGAUUGCAAUCAUUGUCUUGUCAGGUGCUGGAUCUAUGUUUUCCAGUAGCGUCAGGAGCUUGGGAUCAGAUUCGCUGAUGUCUUUGAUGGCUACAUGUGCUUUAUCCGUUAAGACCUUCACACUUUCCGAGCUCGAGAAGGCAACGGAUAAAUUUAGUGCCAAGAGGGCUUUGCGCGAGGGAGGAUUUGGUCGUGUUUAUCAGGGUAGCAUGGAAGAUGGAACGGAGAUUGCCGUUAAACUGCUAACUAGGGACAAUCAGAAUCGAGACCGUGAAUUUAUUGCAGAAGUGGAGAUGCUAAGCCAUUUGGACCACAGCAAUCUUGUGAAACUGAUCGGAAUAUGCAUUGAAGGCCGUACACGCUGCUUGGUUACGAGCUCGUCCACAAUGGGAGUAUCGAGUCCCACUUACACGCCUGUUUUUCCCGGUGUAAACAAAAUAGAAGGAACGCUUGACUGGGAUGCGCGGUUGAAGAUUGCACUCGGAGCAGCAAGAGGACUGGCCUAUCUCCAUGAAGAUUCGAAUCCCCGAGUAAUCCACCGGGAUUUCAAGGCCAGCAAUGUUCUCCUGGAAGAUGACUUUACCCCAAAGGUCUCAGACUUUGGAAUGGGGAGAGGAGCUACCGAAGGAAGUCAACAUAUUUCCACUCGAGUCAUGGGGACCUUUGGGUAUGUGGCCCCUGAAUAUGCAAUGACGGGGCAUCUACUUGUGAAAAGCGAUGACUAUAGUUACGCUGUGGUUCUACUUGAGCUUCUCACCGGUAGAAAACCGGUAGACAUGUCUCAACCUUCGGGAGAAGAAAACCUUGUGACGUGGGCGAGACCUUCACUAGCAAACAGAGAGGGGCUGGAGCAACUGGUUGACCCCAGAUUGGCCGGAACCUACGACUUUGAUGAUAUGGCGAAAGUGGCUGCGAUUGCUUCCAUGCAUUGA